AUGAUCCUAAGAAAAGCACACAUNAAUGGAGACUGGACCUUCCAGACCCUGGUGAUGCUGGAGAUGACCCCCAAGCGGGGAGAUGUCUACACCUGCCACGUGGAGCACUCCAGCCUGCAGAAACCUGCCCUCGUGACCUGGAAAGCCCAGUCUGAAUCUGCCCGGAAUAAGAUGCUGACUGGCGUUGGGGGCUUUGUCCUGGGCCUCGUCUUCUUUGGGGGUGGCCUCAUUGUCCACAUGAGGAGUCAGAAAGUUAAUGGUGGUUCACAGCCUACAGGGCUCCUGAGAUGAACCCUGAGGCUAUGUUCCCUGGAACUGUUGACUCCCCUCUCAGCCUCUCUACCCCCAUUUAGAGGUCCCCUGCUUGUACCCAGAUGUUGAGGAGGCCAGCCCUCCUGAUCCCUUCCCUGGUACCACUCUUUCCCUGCACCUUCUACUCUAUCCUGAAUCCUGUAUUUCAGUUACCCACUCCAGUCUCCCUCAUUCCCACACCAGGGUUUUAUCCAUUUUUGUACCUUGAACCUCCACCCCAAUAAAUAAGAAGAAUGAGAAUCAACCAGGACAUGGUGACACAUAGUCAAUUUUGGGGUAAAAGAGGGAGGAAACUUCAGCCUUUGGGAUCCUUGGAAUCAGUCAAUGUGUGAAAUGCUUCCAGAAGGGAAGAUUGCAGCCCAUCCACACCUUUUUAUCCUGAUUGUCUCCUUCCUGUGUCCUUCCACAACCUUGCAGAGGGUGAUGACUCAGUGUCCUGGGGGUCUUCCUCUGCCCUCCUUGUCAUUAUGUGGAUACCAAAUACCAAUGACCCUCCCAGGCUGUCUACCCAUCAAUCUUCCCCUUUCCUAUAGGAUGAGUCCCCCUCAUUAUGAUCCUCCAUCUCUCUGAUGAGGUUCCUGCUGACAUUUCUGCUUCCUUCUUCCCUGGUGAUGUCCUGGAGCCUCUGCUUGCCCAUCAUAUGCCCUUCCACUGCACCUGAAAGAAAUUAAACAUUUACUCAUGCCUUUUGCUAUUGCAUCUUAUUGGGUUGUUCACUAUAUAUCCUCCUCCAUUGGACCUUCUCUAAUAACAAAUAUUUUUUAAAAUUUCAGUAUAAUGAUCCCAUUGAACACAUCUAUCCAAAAGCAUAUGCAACAGACCACACUCAUAGUCUGUCUCCUUUUCCUUCAUGAUGGGUUUGUUUUCCCUGUGACCAAGCUUGGUAAUUA